GUCCACCAGCAGGACCAGUGUCCUCAGUUUCCAGGACCGUGGAGGCUGGCCAGCUGAGGUGCUUGGGGCUGAGCUGUCCUCUGAAGCAGCACCUACUGCCAGUAACAGCAAUUUAAGGGAAAACGUUGCCCUAUGUUUGGGUUGAUGGUUGGACUAGAUGGUCUUGAAGGUCCCUUCCAACCUAGAUGGUUCUAGGAUUCUAUGUCUGUUUUGAAGCUCAUACAGUGUUUGUUCUGGAAAGGAGGUACAAGAGAGGCGAGGGCAGGACGGAGGUGCCACACUGCUGCUGCUGACCGAGCACGGGCCGGGGGGACACGCCGGGGGACCCAGACACCAGCCUCUCCACCACCGGCUCAGCUGCCCACUUACUGGCCAUUAUAACUGAACACAAACAAACCAUGCCUCUUCCAGACACCAUGUUUUGUGCUCAGCAGAUCAAAAUACCCCCUGAGCUACCUGAUAUUAUGAAGAAAUUUACUAAAGCUGCUAUUAGGACUCAGCCUCAUGACGUUUUGCAGUGGGCAGCUGCGUACUUUUCAGCCUUGUCAAAAGGUGAGACCCUUCCUGUGAAGGAGAGGAUUGAAAUGCCUUUAGCAACAGAGAAAGCAGAUGCCGGUUUGACACCAGGACUCCUUAAAAUCUUGCACAAACAGCUUUCUCCCAAAGACAUGGUGAAUGUUGCAGAAUUGAAGGAAAAAUGGAAGCACUUGUGCUUGUCAGAGGAGCAGCUGGACACUAUCCUGCAGUUGGACGACUUCGGUGAGGAGGUGGAAUGGAUGAAGUUUCUGGCACUUGGGUGCAGCGUGCUUGGCAAGUCCUUGCUGAGUUCAAUGAAACACGCCUGCGAAAUCCUAACAAAAGACCCAGAAGGUGGAGCAGCUCGCGUUCCCUUCGAAACAUUCUCAUUCCUUUACUCAUAUUUGGCCCGCAUUGAUGGAGAGAUACCAGAGGAGAAAACUGAAGCAUUCCUCCAUGGAAUUAAAGAAUAUGCUGACCAACAACAUGGCAUGGUGCUGCUCAGAAACUUUCUGACCCCUAGCCCUUUCUUUUGAUCAAGCCUAAUCUUCAGCAGCAGGUGAGAAGGAAAAAAGAAAAAGGAAUAAACAUGUGAAAGAAAGUAA